AAAGCAAAGCCCCAACGUAGGCUGCGUUUAGGUGACUUGGGAAGGUCACAGCAGUAGAAAAACCAGUUCCUUGCCUGUGAGCUGAGCAUGUAAACAUCCCCAAAUGUGAUUUUUGUAAGCCAGUUCCAGCUCAAAGGCUUAAAGCAUUUUGGUUCUUUUCAAGUCCGUAUCAGUUAGGAGCUAGAUUAUCAGCCUGCUGCACUCUGGGACCAAAUCCAGGUUGGAGCUGACUCCUGCUGAUUUCUGAAGGCUGAUCAAAGGGCACCAGGAUCCGAUGAACCUGAGAAUGAGCUGCUAGAGCUGUAAGCAGAAGGCACAGGGUCACUGAGACACAGGAAGCAGCAGCAACAUGGACAACCAUUCCCCUUAUUCUCCUCACCCCUCUGGCUUCUGUCUUUGUCAUGACUUUAAGCCCACUGUUGAUAGUACAGUUCCCAGAGCCAAAAGGCUGCUGGAUUCCUCAGAGCAGGUUCAGGCCCUGCGGUCAGCAAAGAAAGCCUGUGUGUUGGGUCAUGACUGUAGCACUCCAGACCCAGCAAGGAAACUGCUGCUCUGUUCCCCAGGCCCUGCCUGCUUUCAAGGAUCCCCUUGUUUUCUGGAUGAUGCUGACCAUGACAACCUUGUUGCCAGUUCUUCUGCAUCAAAAUAUGAUGAUGUGGCCAUUUCUGUAGACACCACCAGAUGUUUUGAUGAUAGUGAGCCAGAUGAUGCCUUGUUGGAACUGUCAGACAGUGAAGAAGGGAGUUCUCCUUUCAAUUUCACUGAGGAAGAGAUCCAGGAAAUCUUGGCAGACGAUUGUGUGGAAUGUGAGCAGCACCUAACUAGAAAGAGAGCUCUGAGCCAAAAUGUGAAUGGAGAGAGUGAAAAGGACGAGAGCAGCAGGUGCAUUGGGGCAUCAGCCACCACUGAAGGUGUGACCACAGAGGACCCAAAUGAACCUCUGUCCAGAGAGUGUUCUUCAGUCGGCUCUGAAGGUUAUCCCAGCCUUCUGAAUGAAAGUGCUGGUCUGGAUGAGAACCUCCUGCCAUCAGCCCAAGUAAUUCGCAUGCUCUUCGACCUGGACAUCCAGGAGCUUCUGAAUCUCAGCCCAAUCGAUGCUGAUGUGGGUGAGCUUCUGGAGGACAGUUCUUUGGAGGGAGCUGAAAGAGAAGCUUCAGAAGCGAUCAGCAAUGAUAAUACUGCUCAUAGCUGUGACCUUGAAGGUUCCUUGGAGGGGUUGGUGUCCAAUGGCUGGCAAAGCCUGAGGAAGACUCCUUUUACCAGCAGCCACGUGCCUGACUUCCGUGGUGAUGGUGUGGCAAGAUGUGUGCCCUCUGCCAACCACAAUCCAGCUGAGGAGGGUUCAGUACCUCUGGUGCUGAUGUGUUCCACACCAUCGUCUGGGUGCAAGAGCCAAGAACUUCCCAAAGCAACUAGGAGCUGUUUCUCAGGGAAAUUGGGCUUUCCAGAGGGUGAUGAGGGGGAUUCCACAGAAGCUGAACAGCCAUCAAACAGCAUGAAAUCAGGUGGAACAGCUGGAGGCCAGACUGAGCAGGAAGAGACAACCAGUGGGAAGAAGCCUGGCAAAGUUAUUCCUGUGCCACAAGAGGAGGAAGAAAGCCUGAAACAAUGGACAUGCAUUUUGGAAGCAGAGCUUGAGCAAAAGACACAUUUAUAUCCAGAGUGUGCACAUCCAUAUGAAGAAAGCUGCAGCUCCUGCACCAGUCUCAUCCAAGAGCCAUCAACUGCAGAGGGUGAAAGGAAGGUGUUUGUAAAGAGCAGAAAUGACCCAAGGUCCAACAAGAAACGUACCCAAAGGUACAGCCUUGCGCAGUGGGUGAGCAAGAACUUGGCCAAACACCACUAUUUCCAGAGCAUUCCUGACCACUUCCAGUGUUGCCCUGUCACAGCCUUGUCAUGUUUGAUUUUGCUGCUGAGGGACUGUGCUGGUUCUUGUUGUACAUUUAGAGUUGUUGUCAAUGGUUCUGGCUUUGAAUGGUUUGUAUCUUGAUAAGUUGUUUUUUGAUCUGUUUCUAAUAAGGCCAAUGGAAGCUUCUAUGUUUUAGAAACAUUUGGAGCUGGGUUUGAAAUGCAAUUUAAAUGUGAUCUGGUUUGUGCAGGAAUUUGGCAUCAGUGGUGUUCUUUGAACUGAAAACAACCUCCUCACAGAGUAACAAAUGUAGUUGGUGUUCAAGACUGCACAGUGCAUGUGAGGAUGUAAGAUUUCAAUGAUGGCCACUGGAAAAUGUGCUUCAGAGGGGGAAGACUUCUUUAAAGCUUGGUCCCAAACCUUGGCAUUGAAUCUCCUACAGUGAUUUGGAUUCCUUUGGAUAACAUGAAAGUGUUUUAAACUGUAAAACCAGCCUGUAGCUGCUGUCCCCCUCCAUUUGACAGAGAUGUGGUAGUUUAUAGCUGUUGCUUUACGUGGUUUGGUUUUGUCUUAUCUUGUUCUGUUGUUCUUUCUGGUCCUGAAGUUUGCUUUGUUGUGAUUGGUUUUACUUGUUUCAUUUGUAACUUGUCUUGUAAAAAUAUUGCAGGAGAUUCUCCCUUUGGUUUAUUCAGUACCUGCUGGAUGGAGUUUCCUUUGGUUUAUUCAGUACCUGCUGGAUGGAGUUUCCUUUGGUUUAUUCUGUACCUGCUGGAUGGAGUGUCCUUUCCUGCUGUGUUAUUGUGAAGUUUUCCUCUUGCACUUCCUGCUUCCUGGAACUGCCCAGGACACUGUGACCUUGUGUUGUUUUAAGCUACACAGUCCAACAGCAACUUCUGGUCUCCAUGCUGCCUCCAUCUCCUUUCCUAACAGAGCAUAGGAACUCCAAAUUCUUUGGAGGAUUUAUUAAACAGAUACAGGUUUAUCUGCUCUUCCUGUACAGGCCUUAUAAACCUUUUAAGUGUUUAUAGGUGGAAUUCAGAGAGCAAACUAGGUUUAUUCAUAGAGGAAAUUGUGCUGUAUUUUUAUCAUAGUAAUUUUUUGGUGAUACUUUUGGCUAAUGUGAUUUUAAGGAAAUAAAAUGCAGGUCCAGUA